UUGCGGGUAAAACCGUCCACGUUACAGUUACAUGCUACAAUGUGGUAAGGAUAGGGAAGUACCCAGACCUGUAUAUAAGACCGUGGCGUGAACGGUAAAGUACACUUGCGUAAACAAUCAGCUGUCUUUACGGCAUUGUCUCGCAUAUUAUUAUUGUUCAUUUUGCACAAUAAUAUAUAAUUGACAAGAUGCGAUUACCAUGGAAAAGGGUACCCCUUACCCUUGCCGGUUUUCCAUUUUUUUUUGACAGUGUUAAGAAAUCGAGUAACAUGUAUUUAGAUGCUGCGAAACAUGAGACCGGCUGGGAUAGGUUACGUUCUGUAUUUAUAUCGACCGAUGGUGGUGAAAUGAGUCGAGAACUUAGUUCGAUACACCAAUCUAUAUUUAUGGGUGGAAUUCUCGGUAUGAUGUAUGGAGGGAUAAAAAAAUCACAAUUCUCAUUUAAAAACUUUAUUCACAACAACGAUGCCACAAAAUUUCAUAAUAUUGUGGAUGCUAGGAGAACAUUGCAAAACGAAGUGACUAUAGGUUUCAUAAAAGGAGCAUACAAAUAUGGAUGGAGAGUUGCACUUUUCACCGGUUCUUAUGUAGGAUUAACAACACUUAUAGCCACAUAUAGAGGAAGAUCUUCUGUAAUAGAAUAUACAGUGGCAGGUGCAGUUACAGGGAUGAUGUACAAAGUACCUAUAGGUCCUCGAGGUAUGGUAUCGGGUGGUGUAGUAGGGGCUGUUUUGGGUACAUUAGCUGGAGGCAUAACAUUGCUGAUACUCAAAACGACUGGUAGCACUGUUGAGGAAGUACGAUACUGGCAAUUACACAUUAAAGAUGCAAGAAAUGAACAAUUACGUGAAUCGGUAAAAGAAGCUAUGAAAAAAAGAGACUGGGAAGCACUUCAUGUACAUAAUGAGAAGACAAAGGAAGUAGCUAUUGAAAAGCAAUUAGAUACAAUUGCUGAAGAGCAGGCACCAAAAGAAAAAUCUGUAGAAAAAAAAACAGAACAGUAAAAAGUAAUAGCACAAAUUGUAUAUAAUUGAAGUAAUUAAAUAUAAUGUACAUUACAUAACAGACUU